AUGCUGCCAGUACCACCCUCGCGUAGUCCACAGACAAUUGAAGAGGCCCAGAUCUUGUAUGAAAAUAUCAGAAAUGUAGCAUACGGUCUCGAUUCGAUCCCGUUGCUUCCUAUCCCAAUUGGUUUAGAUGCUAUAAUAGGACUUUUUCCGGUAGUAG